GAAGUCAAAAUGCCACAAAACUGGAGGUAUAUACAUAGAUCUACCACAAAUAUACAUUCUCAAGCAAGCUACUGAAGGAAAAUCAUGUGUUUUCCACCAUUGAGGAGACAAGUUAACAUUGUAAGUUUCCAGCAAAGCAAAUCAGUCAUUCUGUUUAUUCUCUUCGCACUGGUGAUUCGAGCUUACAGUCAAUUUGGACUGCUCAGCCAUGCUCCAGGAGAGUGUGUGCUUGCAGGAGACAUAGUAAAUCUUUCAUGCAUUGUUAAUGACACGGGAGAUCAGGGAAUAACUUCAUGGACUGGAAACUACUCGAUAUUUGACUGCCCGGAUGAGGAUUCUAUUGCAGAUAGGAGAGUAUACCUCUUUCAUAUUCAUUUCAACAACUCACGUGUAGUGGAUAAACCGACUUUUUGCAAUGACAGAGUAUUUGGAAAAAUCAUCAGCCACAAUGGCACUCAUUAUGUGUCUGUACUCACAGUUAUAACUACUCCUGCUAUGAACGGAGGACUUAUUUAUUGCCAUGACUUGUUCACGCCGGAUGCAUUUUCUGGAGAAGUGAAACUUAAGGUUGGAGUUCAUCCCAACCCACCCCCUUCAUUCAACGUUACCUUCCUCGAAAGUGACCAAGGCACGGGAUUCAGAAUAGUGUGGAGGGAGCCAAACAAUACUGUGGGGGGUAUAGGAAGUUAUAUAACGGAGGUGAACGACAGCGAGUGUGGUGUCUGCAGCAAUAUAGGAAAUGUGACAGGAAAUGAACUAUCCUGCUACAACUGGACAGCCAGUGGGCAGGUGUGCAAUGUACUUGUAUGGAGUGUUUCGGCAGAUUGUGGAUUUGAGAGUGAGGAGCCGGCAAUCUUUAAGAUUCACCUACAGACUCCUGAUGCUCCUAUUUUCAAGAUUGUUUCACCAAUGUAUUCAGCAGAACUGCAGACCAUUACAGUGAGUCUGGAACCAGCAGAGGGACUCCGUGAUGAGUAUGGGCUGCCAGUGACAUAUUGGGUGCACAUUGAAGACGUUGUGUCUGGUAGUACCUGUGCUAAACUAGCUCAGUCAUGUGCUCCAGAUCAUUGUGAAGUGACUAUUGAUCUAGAAGGGAACUGCCAGUUUGAUGGUGCUAAUGAGAGUGGCCACUUUUCCGUUAGUGCAUUAGCUAGCACCAUUAUUGGGAAAUCUUUGACUACUUAUCCUAACGAAAUUGAUUCUGUGAAUAAUCUUGUGGAACUGAAUGUUUUAAUGGAACAAGACUAUACUCUGAUGAUAGCUGAGUUUGUAGAUGCCUUCACAAAACUUUCACUUCAAUAUGGAGAUACAUGUGAUACUCUCGUGUUUGAAAAACAGACCUUCACAGAACCAAAAGACUUCACCAAUUGCAUGGCACUGUACAACAUUCAGCUCUCCGACUGCUUUAUUGCAACACUGUCAGCUGACAAUGGAUCACUUGCCAUCAACAUUAGGGGACAUUUUCAUGACUAUGUAAAGACUAGUGACCACAGAAUCCUUAUCAGUGUCGGAGUCACGUUGAUGCUGUCAGUGACCUUUAAUCUUGUGCUGAUUAUUUGUGUAGUGAAAUUUCUAAGGAGAGCAAAGCAGGAAAUCCCUACCACCGAGCCCACUGAACCUGCAAAUCACAGAGUGCUCAAUCCAGUUUACGAGGAAAUUGAUGAAUUAAAUUUUGUUGAUGCUGGUAAUGCUACUUUAACGUUUGAGCCAGACACAAUUCGAAAUGAUUGCUACCAGAUCAAGCCGGAUCCUAAGACAAAAAGAAAUGGCUGCUAUCAUCAUGUGCUAGAUCCCUCGACAACAGGAAGUGCUUGUUACCAACCUUCUACGACUUCUCACCAUGCAAUAGACAUUCAGUAAUUGAAUGAAAACUGAGGUUGCAAGUUUAGCAGAACUAACUAACUCAUUAUAGUUAUUGAUUAUUGUAUAUAGCUGCACAAUAUUUAUAUUGUUGAAAUUUAGCUGGAGUGCAGUAUACCUAUAUAGGCCUUGGCUUGGUAGAUUAAUGGCCACAUGCAUUUACUGUGUUACAUGCACAUUGCUGCAUUUUAUAAGAGAACCAUUCCUCUUCUGU